UCUUCGAAAUAAUGAACAAACAUCCCCCAACCUUUCAUUUUUCACGGUUUCCCUAUACUCUUUCACGUCACUGGUUCACUCCACUCUGUUGCCGCUGCUACCGCGAACCUCUCUCACUCAAAACCCAAGCUCAACAUAUUAUUGAUUCAAACAAAACUUUAGCGCCAGGCCCUUUUACUUUAUUGUUGCGUUUGGCUCUCUUGAUACCGUAAGCAAUGGCUUCUAUCUCAAGAAUUGUUGCUAAAGAUUGUAAGAGUUUGCAGUCAUCUGAGGUCUAUCAGAGACGAAGUUUUGGCCUUUCUGCAAGGACACCGAAAACCAAUUUGGGUAUAAGAAGUGGAAUUGCUAUGCCUGAGGCUGGUUUAGCAAUCCAGAACAAACCACAAAGUUCAAUAUUUGCUGUCACUCCCUCUUCCUUGUUUGAGGAUUCAUUUGAGUCCAGGAAUGGAAGAUGUUAUUGCAACGCAGCUGCAAAUGUAUCUGGAGAUCUUCCUAGCAGCUCUCCUGGAGAAAUGAGCCAAUAUGAGAGAAUAAUUGAAAUAUUGACGACUCUUUUCCCUGUUUGGGUCAUACUGGGUACCAUAAUUGGCAUCUAUAAGCCUUCUAUGGUAACUUGGUUAGAAACGGAUCUUUUCACGAUUGGAUUGGGUUUCCUUAUGCUUUCGAUGGGAUUGACACUAACAUUUGAGGACUUUAGACGAUGUUUACGGAACCCAUGGACUGUUGGUGUAGGAUUUCUUGCUCAGUAUUUGAUAAAGCCCAUGCUAGGCUUCUUUAUUGCAAUGACUUUGAAAUUGUCAGCUCCUCUUGCAACUGGUCUUAUUUUGGUGUCAUGCUGUCCUGGAGGUCAGGCAUCAAAUGUUGCUACUUAUAUAUCAAAGGGCAAUGUAGCACUCUCUGUUCUUAUGACAACGUGUUCAACGAUUGGGGCUAUUGUGAUGACACCUCUCCUGACUAAGCUUCUUGCUGGCCAGCUUGUCCCCGUUGAUGCAGCUGGCCUUGCCAUCAGUACUUUUCAGGUUGUCUUGGUUCCAACAAUUAUUGGAGUGUUAUCAAAUGAGUUUUUCCCAAAGUUUACUUCAAAAAUUGUCACUGUUACGCCUUUGAUUGGGGUUAUUCUCACCACUUUGCUUUGUGCUAGCCCAAUUGGUCAAGUUUCAGAGGUCCUGAAAACUCAGGGAGCACAAUUGCUGUUCCCAGUGGCCCUCUUACAUGCUGCAGCAUUUUUUCUUGGUUACUGGAUCUCAAAAAUAUCAUUUGGUGAAUCAACUUCCAGAACUAUUUCCAUAGAAUGUGGAAUGCAGAGUUCUGCCCUCGGAUUUUUACUGGCACAAAAGCAUUUCACAAACCCUCUAGUAGCAGUGCCAUCUGCAGUUAGCGUUGUGUGCAUGGCGCUAGGUGGAAGUGGUCUGGCCGUGUUGUGGAGGAACAGACCAAUUUCUGUUGAUGAUAAGGAUGACUUCAAGGAGUAAAAGAGUUGAAGUUCGUAUCCAUGUUGAUGGUGGUUAUAGCUUUGAUUCCAGUAGCAUCUCUAUAUUGCAUCAUGGCAGUACCAUCGGAAGUUGCAUCCAUAUUUUGGCUUCAGAUUUAAUUGAAGCUAAGUUUUGGAGUUUAUGUCAAUUUAAGUCGUAGAUGCAGUUGAAAUUAGAACACACUGGCUUUUAAAAUGCUAGUAUUUUAGAUCGUUUUAGAGGGAGGGAUGAAAGCCAUAUCACUAAAUAGGAACUUAACAGUCAAAUGUAAACGAUCUUAUCGUCGAUUCAUACUUUCUCAUGAUUUCCAUGAUCUUAGCGACUGCCAUGGUUUGGAUUGCCACCAGAACCUGUAAUGGAUUAGGGGUUCUACUGA